AACAAUUGCAAUCACAUAGAAACGAACACACAAGUUCCAUACUCAGUACUCAUAUUCUUACAAAAUGGCUAGAAUUGUAAUGAUGGUCUUAUGUGUAGUCGUGACUUGCAUGGUGGUGGCGGAACCCUAUGCACAGGCUAUUACCUGUUAUAAGGUGGCUAGUGACUUAUGGCCAUGCUAUGGCUACUUAACAAACGGCGGUGUUGUGUCAUCGUCAUGUUGCAGUGGGGUUGAGGCACUCAAUAACGCUGCAAAUUCAGCCUAUGCUCGUCAGACUAUAUGUAGCUGCUUGAAGAGUGCUUACUCAGCCGACUCCGGCAUCAAGCUCUCUAUCGCUGCCAGCCUUCCCAGCGACUGUGGUGUCGACGUUCCUUAUAAGAUCAGUCCAACCACAAAAUGUUCCUCGUUGGGGUGACGCGGUGAUGCUUAUGCAUGUUUGGAAGACUGGAAGCAUAUAUAUCUAAAUUACAAUAAAUAUCGAGCGCAUUGUAUAAUUGUUUGAAAAAGACAUAUGACCGUAUAUGUCUCUUUAGUUGUACUCGCCUUUCACUUCAAAUAAAGUUCUUGUCAUUGCAUUUUAA